AUGUUCAAGUCAUUCAUCUUGUUCUGCGUCGCACUCGUUGCUCUCGUCGGUCGUGACGCAACAGCGGUGCACCCAACAGCCCAACUAACUCCUCGAACGGAGGCUGAGGUCGCCGACCGCCAGCGAUUCUUGAGCCACAGCCACCGCCUUCUGGCUGCCUGCUCCAACUCGGAAGCUGGCAGAAAGCUGCGGGAGCAGAGCAAUCUACGCAUCGCAGCAAAGCUGCAGGAGCUCCGUGCCAGCCGACGCCGGCUCGACGCUGCGACUGUAUCGGCGGCGACCCACAAGACCAACCUCGCCAACGUCUCUGUGAGCACGUACCCGGAGAAUCUCUUCGGAGAUGACGACCACCCCAAGUGCGUGUUGGCUCCUGAGACCUCCAAGCCCAGCUACUACGUGAAGGGGGAGCUCUUCCGGAAGAACACGGCGGAAGAUCAAGCUGGUGUCAGCCUCACGACGGAGCUGCAGUUCAUCGACGUCAACACGUGCAAACCUGCGUCCAUGGUGUGGAUCGACUUUUGGCACAGCAACGCGACGGGGGUGUACUCCGGGGUCGUUGGCUCGGCAGCAGGAGAGAGCUCGAGCGCGUCCAACGUUAGCACUACCUUCUUGCGGGGGCUCGCUCGGACGGACGGGCAUGGGCUCGUAGCCUUCACGAGCAUCUUCCCGGGUCACUACGAAGGCCGAGCGCCCCACAUCGACAUUGUCGCCACCUACGGCGGCACUUACCAGGGGGACAACAGAACCCACACGGGAGGCUCCACUAUUCAUGCAGGGGAGCUCUUCUUCGACCAGGAUCUGAUCACGGAGGUGGAAAGCACGUCGGCCUAUGCGAGCAACACUCAAAACCUCACGCUGAACGAAGUGGAUGAGGGUCUCAUUGAGGCGGCAGCUUCAGGCUACGACCCAGUCGUGGAGUACGCUUUACUCGGUGAUACAGUGGAGGCCGGAAUCUUCGCGUGGAUCUCGAUCGGUAUCGACUUAACGAUAAGCAGCAACGUGACGGUCGCGGGUGCACUCACUGCUAAUGGCGGCGUUCAGUACCGUUAA